AAGAUCAGAGAUGAAACAUAUGGCUUGAUUUGGGCCUAAAAUGCAAAUGAAAUAUAUAUCUUUAUAAUUAAUCAAUGUGGAAUUUCGUAUUGCAUGUCUGUAUUCUUGUGAAGUUUUCUUUCUUUUGACUCGAGGUAAAAUGGGAAGGAAAGAAUGAAUGCUUAUUAAAUUGGGGGAGGGAGAUAAUAAAUAAAAUACAUAAUAAAACUUGAAACAUUUUACAUACACAGUAAAUUACUUGAUCUUCGAACUAGGGCUGGAAAGAGCUCUCAUUUUAGAGAUGAGGAAAAUUAAGUCUAGAGAAGUUUCGCGGAAGAUUAAGUAUCAAGAGUGGAAUUUGAACCCAGAUGCUCUUUCGCCAAAGAUUAUACCGCGAAUCAUAAUUUCCUUUCCCACAGUUUCAUAAGUAUGUUUAUCAGAUGAGAAAUUACGCCCGCCCGCCCCAUGCCGUUUUGCUGCAGACAUUCUCAGUGGUCACAACACUCCAACAUCUGGAUCCUGAGAGCCAGUAGCCACAGCCUCCUCUAGCAACCUCAAAGAGGACGUAGGUGCAGGGCUUCGAAAAGAGGACAAAGUAAAGACCUUUUCGGAAAAAGCUGUGCGGUCCCCUGAGAAGAUUUUCUCUCAGCCCCGUCCCAGGGCAAGGAGGCGGAGCGGGGCGGGGAGAAGCGCCGCGAGUCUUGGCCUACGUAAUUAGUCACGUGCCUCUUCUCAAUCCUUAUUCAGAAUCUAUCCUCCCCCUCUUUCCGGAAGUCACCAAAGUCUGGCCAGGUUCCUCCCACUCCGGUCGACGUCAAACUCGGUAUCUACCACGGCCCAACUCCCACCUCUUGCUUCAGGGGAGGGGCUCUUUUCCACUAUGCCUCAACUAGGCGUCUUCUGCUCCCUGUGGAUGAGAAAGAGGGCGAGUGAUUAAAUUAUCUUUAAGGUUGCAGGUGGUCCGAGAGACUUAAUUAGUGGAAAGAAAGGCUGUAAUCGGAGCCCAAACCCUUCUCUUUCUUCUCUCACCCCCCCCCUCACGGAAUGUGCUCUGGUUAGUUCCGCCGGGACUCACGGGGGCCCCGCCCCCUCUCCCUUGUCAUUGAUGUUGUUGUUCUUGUCAGUGCCGCAGCAGCGACAGCAGCCAGGAGCCCGAGCCAGAGCCGCCUGGGCAGCGCGGCGGCGGCGGCGGCGGCGGCGGCGGCGGCGGGGGCGGGAGAAGGAGGAUCCGAGUGCCGGCGGUCGGCGGCGGGUCUGGAUGGCUCUGUGUGGGCAAGCGGCGGGCGCUUCGUCGCUGCCCAGCGAGCUCAUCGUGCACAUCUUCUCCUUCCUGCCGGCGCCCGACAGGCUGCGGGCCUCGGCCUCCUGCUCUCACUGGCGCGAGUGCCUCUUCUACCCGGCGCUCUGGCCCCAGCUCCGCCUCAGCCUUCGCGUCUCGCCGGCCGAGCGUCCCCGACUCGAUUUCCUUAUGCGCAAGUGCGGCUGGUUCGUCCGGGAGUUGCGUGUCGAGUUCGCCGCGGAGAAUUACUUGAGCAGCGGCGGGGGAGCUGCUGGAGGCGGCGGCGGUGGUGUUGGAGGCGGUGGCGGCACGGAAAGCGACCCGGGGAUUGGAGGCGGCGGGGAGGAGGCCGAAGCUCUGCAGCUCUCCAGUGGCUGGCUAGAUGUGCUGCGCACUUAUCUGGAACUGGUGCUGUGCGUCCUAAGCAGUAUCCGGAACAACAGGAACCUCCAGAAGUUUAGUCUUUUUGGAGACAUAAGUAUUCUGCAACAGCAAGGAAGUUUAUCAAAUAUAUACCUCAGCAAGGUGGACCCAGAUGGCAAAAAAAUUAAGCAAAUUCAGCAGCUGUUUGAAGAAAUACUGGGUAAUAGCAGGCAACUGAAAUGGCUGUCUUGUGGGUUUAUGUUGGAAAUAGUAACCCCCACAUCACUGUCAUCUCUCUCAAACCCUAUUGCCAACACCAUGGAACACCUGAGUUUACUGGAUAACAACAUCACUGGUAACAUCACUCUUAUCACCGCAGUUGAAUUGGAGCGCUUUGUGAAUCUGCGCUCACUCGCCUUGGAUUUCUGUGAUUUUACAGCUGACAUGGCAAGAGUCUUGGCUAAUAACAACCAUGUGCCUUUGCAUAGACUGUCUCUCAUAGUACAUAAUAUUUCUCUGAUGAACAAGUCUCUGGACAACAUGCCAGAAGAUGAAAAUUGGAAGGCCCUAACACGAAACAGCACUAGCCUUCGGGUUUAUAUAAUGGCUUUUGAUAUCAAGAGUGAUGACAUGCUUAAGAUUCUUAAACCCAGUAUACCACUAGAGAGGAUUCAUUUUGAUAGCUACAUCACUUGUGUUUCAGGGGCUGUUGUUGACCUGAUAUCCAGGCAGUAUGACAAGUUCCUCACUCAUUUUAUAUUAAUGAAUGAUGUGAUUGAUACAUCUGGUUUUCCAGAUCUUAGUGACAACAGAAAUGAAGAUCCUUUGGUUUUAUUAGCAUGGAGGUGCACAAGGCUCUCCCUUUUGGCAGUUCAUGGUUACACAGUGUGGGCUCACAACCUCAUUGCCAUUGCUCGUCUUCGUGGCUCUGACCUUAAAGUGCUUGAAGUCACCGAGGAAAGCAUUGAUUUUGAUCAAGGUGAACUGGCUGAUCAGGAUGUGGAUCCCGUGCAUAACCUUAUUGAGCAGGUAUCGCUAGGCCUGGGCCGACCUUGGCAUGCUGUUAUGGACAUCGAAUCUCUCAGUGUCUUCACUGAACCAAAUCGUCAUUUUUAUAGAGAAAUGCAAAGCUUCAGCGAAGGCGUCUAGCUUUUUUUAUUUACAAUUCCUGUGGUUACAUAUGCAAGUAGGGUCUUAUUAUGUUUUUUCAGUAGUGUGAAUUAACCCCUUUGUGCUGUGUUUAAUCAGUAUUAGCUAUAUAGAAUUAUAUAUGUAUAUUCUACUUCUUGAUCAAAGAACGUAGUCGGGUAUUGGUUUAGAAGUUGAAAGUGACAAUUUGUAGGGUUUUCACGGUUAAUGAAUUUGUCUACAAAACCUUAAAGAGAUACAAGCUAUGGUUGUCUGAGGUUGCUGGCUAACUUUAUUUUUCAUUGAAUGACUCUGCAUUUUCAUUUUCUUUUUCUAUUGUGAGUCAGAGUUCUGUGCUCUGGAGCCAAAUUUUUUUUUUUUAUACACGUAUAUAGAUUUAUCCAUAAAUUGGUGUGUUUGUAUGUAAUGCAUUAUAGUCAUGCAUUCUAAUAGCAUGUCAUUGAUUUUUUUUUUUUUUUGAAAUUUCAAAGGGGAGAGAAAGAAUUUGAUCCUAAAUGAGUUCCCUUUAACAGAAAAGCAAAGGCUUUAAUUUGCAUCACAUGUAAUAGUUGAUAUUAACCAUUGCCAUUCUAAUUUUUGUAAUAUAAAACAGUAAGCUAAACACCACUUUAUCUUUUUUUAAAAAUUACUUGCACAAACAAGAAAACUCAAAUCAUUGGAUUUUUUUUAUUUGCUCUUUUUGGUGUGCUUUAAUUUGAUCUUGUUGGUGUGCUUUAAUUUGCUCUUUUUGAUGUGCUUUAAUUUGCUCUUCAUCCAAUUACACUGUUUAAGGUAAAAGUUAGCUUUUAGCCCAGAUUUCAAAUAGUAGUUGGAAAAGGAAUAUAUAAUUCAUGGUCAGAACUCUUUAAAAGGAAAAUCACAACAGAUAUAAAAACAUGCUUGCAAACAAAUAUUGGUCGUGAAAUCCCUCACAAGUCACUGGAUUUUUCUCUGUCAGCGCCUGUGUCAGCUGCCAAAGAGUAGAUUAAAAACGAAGAAGUGCCCACAUGCUGGCAGGGGUGGGCCAAUUUGGCCAGCCAAAUACUGCUAGAUUGUAAUAUAUAAGGUCGAAUUUCGACCUGUGGUACACAGCUGUGCUGUGGCUCAGUCAGCAACCUCAGAACUCUUAAACAUGCACCUGUUUCACUGUGAAUAGUGAAUGUAAAGAAAGGAAAAAUUAAAGCUUGUUCUAUCAAAGGUAUGAGCUGCUAUGAUGCAUGAAGAACAUUCCAUGACAUAUGUUUUAAAAUCUUGUUAUAUCUGAGAGGCUUUAAAAGCCAAUUUAACUGUUUCAGGGCAACCGCGGUACAGACGUGGUCUCUGUGAGACUUCCACCUGACCCAAGUUUUAAGUGGUACGAAUGUUGUGCAUUUAAUGUUAAAGGACAGUCUGCAAUAAUAAAGUAAGUAGCCAAUGUGGGUGCCCAGCAGUGCUGAGACCUGGCUGCUCUAUUGUAAGCUUUGGAAAACACAAUUUAUGCAACAGAUGUCCAGAUAUGAUUCUAUUUAUGGAAAAUUUAUAUGUGUUUUGCAAAUAGUUUUACCAUCUCAUAUUAAAAUGACCUUUUGACAGGUGUGCGCUGUUUUGUCUCCAGUGAGCACAUACCAUGCGGAUUUUAUAUGUACAUCAGUAGAGUGAAUCCACUGGCACAGUAUGUGUAUAUGCCAGAUGUGGUGAGAUUUUAUCUGAUAAAUGUGAUCAAAUUUAAAUUAACUCCUGACAGAAACUGUAAGGAAACCAGCUGAAUGUUUGACCUGAUGACUGAUGUUGUAUGGUUUAUGUUAAAUGUAUAUUCUUUUAAGUAAUGAAUAAAGCAUUAAAAAUUGAUCAUUGUAAAACAUUUUAUUGUAUCAGCAUGAGAACUUUUUAGUGUUAAAUUGUGUAUAAACUUCUGUUAUCUCUCAUUGUAUUUUGAUACAACAAAGCUCAAAUUCUAAAUUUCAUCAGAAAUGGUCUUUCUGUUAGGCUGGUUAUUUUUGUACAUUAAUUUAAAAAAAAUCAAACUUUAGCAAAAAUUCAGAGAUUUAGUUAAAUUUAAUUAAGAAGAUUAGGCUUAGCACAAACCCUAGCGUGUUAUGCAUACAAUAUGCCUUAUUGAUGUAGUAAAACUUAAAUUGUAGAUUACAGUAAUCUUGAUUUUUAGGAAUUCUUGCACCUACAGUAUAUGCUAGAUUCAAAACCAAUGUGCUUCAGAGAAAUGUAUAGUAUUCUUAUUAGUGUCCCACUAUUAAAUAGAUUAUAAAUA